AUUAUCGGUGUCCGUGCACGACCGAGUGGCGAGUGUCCGUCCAUAGUGCGUCGCCGUGCGCGAUAUCUGUGCGUUUUUCGGUCGUUUUAUUGUUAUUUUUUUUUUGUUGCUUUUUUUACCGUUCAAAAACACCAGAUUUUACCUGAUAACGCUCGCGAUAACGAGCGAACGAUACAAACAGGAAAAAUACCAACAACCCAUCCUUGUGUUGUGCGGCCAAGAGAUAUCAAAUCCAGCCUGCAUAAUUAAUAAUCGUUCGGUGUUUAGUCUGUUUAUCCGUGAUCGACGUGUAGUCGUUCCUCGUCGUACAUUGGAAAAAACAAAAAAAAAGACGUUCGGUUUACAGUUUGCGAUUGUUGUUUUCGGCCGAGUUGUGUUUUUUUAUAUUUGUAACUUUUAAGAAAUCGUGUACUUAUUUCGCCAAACUUAUAUUAAUUAUUGCAAACGGAUUACGUCGGUGCGCGUGAGUUUCGCGUUAGUCUUAUGUUGUUUAUCGUGUGUGUACUUAUUCGAUUCUGUGUUCUGUGUACGCGUGUGAAAGUCUGCCGUGAUUUUCAGGCAUAAUAAGUAGUAAACGGCACAGGAGUUACGGUGGCCGACCAUCAUGGAGAAAAAACCAAAAGAGAAACGAAGAAAUUCUGAAAGGCGUAAAGAAAAGUCUCGAGAUGCUGCCAGAUCCAGGCGGAGCAAAGAGACAGAGAUAUUCACCGACCUCGGGACUGCCCUUCCGUUGCCGGGGACUGUUAUAAGUCAACUAGACAAAGCGACUGUGAUGCGAUUGACAAUUGCUUCGUUCAAAAUCGUUGACGCCUUAUCUUCGAUGCACAUUGAUGACAAAAUCAUCGAGAAAAACGAGUCGCCGCUCAAUUUAAGCGAAAUUUGCAAUAAAGCUCUUGACGGGAUUGUGUUGAUUACAACAUCAGACGGUGAUAUAGUGUUUAUUUCUGAUAACGUUUCCAGCUACUUAGGCUUAUCACAGAUUGACUUGAUCGGACAAUCGGUGUACGAAUUUGCUCACCUUUGUGAUCAAUCUGAAUUGAAAGAAAUACUGACCAGCAAAGAUAUUGGAGUACAAAAGUCGUUUUUUAUCCGAAUGAAAUGCACUUUGACCAGCAAGGGUCGAAACGUCAAUUUAAAAUCGGCCACUUAUAAGGUGCUGCAUUUCACAGGACAUUCUGUAAUGAAUUCAAGUGCCAAACGGAAAGCUAUAAUAUCGAACGAUGAAUCGGACUCGGACUACGAAUCGGACAAGAAAACCGAUUCCGACAACAAAUCUAAUAACGAGGAUGAGCAACAUGAAACGUCUGUUAGCGAUGAACCUUCCCAAAUAUUUGUAUCUAUCGCCGAGCCUAUUCCACAUCCAUCAAAUAUAGAGAUUCCGUUGUAUAAACAAAGCAGAAUAUUUUUCAGCAAACAUUCGUUGGAUAUGAAAUAUCUAAUCGCUGAUGACGUAAUAACAAAAUAUUUGGGAUACGAACCGGAAUCGUUGGUGUCAAAAUCGGUUUUUGAUUAUUAUCACGCCCAAGAUUGUAAUUCUGUAGAAAAAAGUUUUAAAAUUUUAUUUCAAAAAGGUCAAGUCGAAACGAAUAAGUACCGGUUUUUGGCCAAAGGAGGUGGUUACGCUUGGGUCGUAACACAAGCGACUAUUCUAAACGACCACAAAGGACAAAAGCCGGAAAGCGUCAUGUGUAUCAAUUAUAUAGUCAGCGGUGUGGAAAACGGCGACGACAUUUACUCGCUGUGCCAGGUGCCCCAACAAGUGCCCGUCGUAGCACCGUCAUCUAAUCCCGCAGUCGUCUCCAACGCCGCAGCGUCUUCGUCAUUGCCGUCGGCGGCUCCAGCCAAAGCGAAACCGGCACCGGUGAAACCAUCGCCUCCUCCGGACUCCGGGGAACAACCGCUGCAAAAGCCCGCCGUCAAGAAAUCCUGCACCGAAAAGCUGUUCAAACCCAAGUGCCUGGUGGACUCGUCCACUUUCCUGUUGCCGGCCGGCAACGGACCCGUGUAUUUGGAUCCGAAAAACGUCCAACCGGCGAAACCGUCACCAUCACCACCGGCCGUUGCCAUCGUCCCGCCAAGCAAGAAGCCCGCCGCUUCUUCCGACAGUCCCAAAGCCGCCACGGCCAAGAUAUUCGUCCCCAGAACCGAAGACAUGAACAAAGGGUUCUUGACAUUCUCCGACGACGACACGGGUCUUACCAUGCUCAAAGACGAACCCGAAGACCUGACUCACUUGGCGCCGACGGCCGGUGACGUGUGCGUGCCCCUGGACACUUGCGGUCUUAACCAUCUCGGGUUCGUCAUGUCCGACGUCCUCGAGGACCUCAUACUGACGGACUGUUCCCUAGCCCCGUUCGACUCGAUGCCCCCCAACUCUAUGCACGACGUCUAUUCCAACCGGUCGUCUUCGCCAAUGCAGCACAUCGGCGACGACCUGUCGCAGUCGCCGGGCCUGUGCGAUCCGACCAUGUCGACGCUGCUGGGAAUGGACCUGGACAAUAGUCAGAGCGACCUGGAUCUGGAGCUGUCGCUGAAAAACCAAUUCAUACCCAUGUACGAGGACGAUCUGUAUCCGCUCCUGUCCGGCGACCUCCUGUGGGGACCAGCUGAGAGGUCUCCGUCUCCAAAGCCUACACCGAUCAAUUGGCACAUACCACAAUCCGUUAAGGCACAAGACAAGAGAGACACGAAUUCGCCAAGCUUGGCAAAGCUGUUGAAAUCAGAAGGCAACACAGCCAGACCGCAUUUCGAUAGCGGUGGCGGCAACGGCGGCGGCGGCUUGACCGAUGGCGGUGGCGACUCUUGGGGUUCGAUAAGCAAAAUGCUGCAUCAGCGGUACAACACGGGCUCGGCCGACGCCAGAGAUGACACCACGGAUACCAGGUCCAACGGAGGCGUCAAGCGGGUCGGACCAAAUGUGACGACGGCCUCACAGUCGUGGAAGCGGUGCAAACAGGAAGAGACGGCCAAACAGGGAACGUCCAACAGCGUGUUGAUGAAUUUGCUGGUGAGCGGAUGCGACGACGGAGUGAGCAAGUCUGUCAGUAAAGACACGAUUAUCAAAAAUGGCUCUCAACCCAGACACCGAUCGCGGUUAAAGAGUGCCUGUCUAUUGGAUCCGGGCAGUACGACCAUACCUUCGUUGUUGGACUUGACCGAACAGGACUACGACGUAAACGCUCCCGCCGGAGGCGAACUGCUCCAAGGGUCCGAAUUGUUGAAGGCCUUGGAAAUCGGCAAUAUCACCACUUGAGCGCUUAAACAAUCCGAGACAAUUAUUUUAAGACUACAAUCAAUAACCAUUCUAUUUUAUUUAAUUAUUAUUAUUAUUAUUAUGUUAAAAAAAUAUUGUAUAACGAAAACGUUAUUAUUAUUAUUUUUUUUUUAGUACCGUAAUACCAGCGGAGCGUUGUCCGACGCACUUAUGUCGUGUAUAAUAUCAUUCCACUAGACCGACAUAGUUGUUAACAAUUAUUAUUGUUUGAUGUAAUUUCAAUGAAAUUGAUAUUAUUGGCACUAGAAACCAGUUAACUGUUUUUAACCAAAAAAACAUUCUGCGGAAUAUUCAGUUACGCUCCGCUCGGUUCCAAAAAACGAUUACUAACAUUUACGUUUUUUGCAUUUUACAUAGAACCGCGUUUGUGUACCAUUUAGUUGUUUAGUUAGUUCUUAUUUAAUGUACACUGAAAAAUAUUUUAUGUACUAGGUUUUGGGCUCCAGUGGCAACGCCGUAAUGACUUAGUUGACAUUUUAUUGCGUCGGUAAUUUAAACUGGGCGACAAAUGUAUGGCAAACGUGUAUGAUCGAUGACUUGUUGUUGCGGCUUAAGACAAUAUUUUUUUAUAUAUAUAUAUAUUUUUUUUUUUUUUUACACUGUAACAUAUAAACCAUUUUGGAUCAGAGUCGUAAUCUCUAUUCGGAUUCGGUUUCCGAAAACUAACUUUUAAUCAUAAAUAGAUAUCUUAACGAAUUGAAUCAGAGACGUAAUCUCUAUUCGGAUUCGGAUUCCGAACGAAACUGUAAUUCCUUUUUUUUUUUUUUAUGCAAACAUAUAUAUAUAUAUAUUUUUUACGGAGGGGACGAACGUUGAAGGCAUGACGGCCGUAUAAUGAAGUAUAACACUAUUAUAUAUUGUCAUCAAAUUAUUAAACAAAAAAAAAAAUCAAAUUAAUACUACAAAGAGACGAGGCUUUUUUUUAUUAAUUGUUUUAUUUUUUACUUACUAAUUGUGUUCGUAAAAUAUAUUUUUGUUUUGUUUUAAUUAUUCGUCAAAUUGCCAUGAGAAGUUUUUGUAUGAUGAAAGGUGAUGGUUAUGUAGAACACGUCCGAAUGCUCAAAUAUUAUUUUGUAUAAUUCUUUUUAAGAAGGAAAAAUUAUAUUUUAGUGAUAUUUAUUAAGGUGAAUAUUUUGUGAGUGUACGUGUAUAAUAUUUUUCACAGAUUUUUCUCUAGUUUUUUUUUUUGUUUUAUUAU